AAAAGCUACGAAAGUACAAAAUAAUACUCUAUCGAGGGCAAAAAGAUUAUGAAAAUACUAAAUGAUGAUUGCUCUUUUGAGAAUAAAACAGGAAAUCACAAGAUGAAGACAUGACAAAACCACAAAAAACCAGGCGUAUUCAGAUGUAACCAUUUCCAUGUGAUGAGUGUGACUCUGCAAUGAUAAAAGUAGAUUUAAAAUGUAAAAAAAUAAUAAUAAAGAAACGUCUCUGAUUCACUCUUUAAGCAGCUAUUAUAAAAAAUAAAAUAAAAACUGAACUUAUCCCUAGCACUGUCUUAACUAAGAAAAAAAUCAAAGUCAAGCUGCAUUGUUAUCAGGUGCCACUUGAUGGCAUAUUUUCUCCAUAACGACUCAUCCUUCUUGUAAGGGCUGCAGAUGUUCCUCUUUACCAGGAAAUUGUUUCAGUUUCUGGUAAAGAGUAAAAAGGAUUAUUACAGCGAAGCCGUGUGCCAGAUGUAGAACAUGUCCCAGAGGGUGCUGCUCAUCGGUUUUUUUCUGUUGAGUUACUCAACGCAAAGUCAACAAGAAUUCACAGCAGAAUGUGGACAAAGUAUUUCUCUUAAAUGUCCACCUGUCAACGGAGAGCAUGUGGACUUCCUCUCACUGGCAUGGUACAAGAUCGACAAUGACCGCAAUCACGGCAUUAUCAGGAAACGGGCAGAUAAAACAUCUCCGGACAUGUACGACUUCCCUCGGCCCGCCAGUUUUGGAGAGAAUCAUAGUCUGUUCCUUCCCCACAUCAAGCCUGGAGAUGCUGGUACCUAUGAGUGCACCAUCAAUGCUAAUGUAGGCGGUCAGAACAAGAAAGGAAGGGUCCUCCUCAUAGUACACGAGUGUGUCAACCGGACUGAGCCGACAGUGGCCGCAGACACACUGACCACACGAUCCAACCAGUUACAACCCGGUCAAGUUGAGGACCUGCCAGUAAUGCGGACCGUGAUGGGCUAUGUGGUUGUGGCUGUAGCCAAAAUCAUCCUUUCUUUGAUCAGCAUCCGGGUCAUUCACAUCAUGUUCUGAAGACAGCAGAAGAACGGGUGCAGUGACCAGAGGGGUGAUACCUGGUGUGAGACUUCAGUGAAAAUACAUGCAUAAGUUUUCAGUCAUUUGUAUCUUUGGUUCACAUGUUUCAAUGACUUUUCAUGUAAUAAUACAUGAAUAGCGAGGAAAAUAAGAGGAGCUAGUUUGAGAGCAUAUGUUGGCGUGUAAAGCAAAAACCACCUUUUGGCUUCCAUUAGCAUGUUAAGAGGUCAACAGGAACUGAUGACAGGAUGUUUUGUUUCUGAAAAUGAACAGAGAAAACCACUCCACUCUCAAUAUAUAAAACGCAAUAUUUUUUAAAUAUUUAAGUAUUUAUGUUACCAUUUACUAUCCAACCACGUUCACUGGGGCUUUAAGAUUUCUUUUCAAUUCAUGAAUGACAAGUUUAUGUUUUCUUGGUAGGAGUGAAUUUGUGGUUUGCUUACCAACAACAUUUUUUGGUUCCAGUUGCUUAAGAUAAGGCAUAUUUUGGGUACGAAACAUUAAAAAAUCUUUUCACAAUAAAAACAGAAACAGUGAAAAAAAAUGGGAUACAAGAAACAAGAGUUACAGUUGACCGUGGCACAUUACUGAACUGCAUCAGAAAAUGAAACUGUUUUCAAUCAAACAGGCAACAGUGCAUUGCAAAGUUUUUAUUUUAUCGAGCUGAGCUUCAAAUCUGUUCAGGGAGAGGAGGAACAGCGUAGCCCAGGCACAUCCAGUCUGCACUGACUUUCACAGCUGUGGAGAAAUCCUGCAGAGGCAGUAAAAACCUACACGUUUGCCCCUGAGAUCUGCUCCACCUGCUUUAAAGAGUCUGGCACAGGAAAUGUACUACAUUUUGAACAAUGCCCUCUCUAUAAAUAUGGAUUAGAGAUCAAACAGGAGGUCUCGUGCCUGUAGCUGGAGGCAUCUGAGCAGAAAAUGUGGACAGACCACCAUCUACUGGCAAAUCCACAGCCAACACCAACACCACACACUCACACUCACUCCAAAGGGAAAUUUGCAAUGUCCAAUCAACCCAACAUGCAUGUUUUUGGACGGUGGGAGGAAGCCGGAGAACCCGGAGAGAACCCCCACAGACACAGGGAAAACAUGCAGACUCCACACA